UGUCAUGGCGUUUUCUAACUAUUCCGGAAGUACAAGAGUUAUCUAGCUUAGAGCGCUGACACCAUUGGCGUGCCUACAUUGGUCCAAGAGUUACAUAUUAGCUUGUCGUUUUGCAGAGACAAGGGUACCCCAUCUCCUCAGGUGCCUUCUCCGGGGCAUACCCACCUUCAUUAUUAAACUAAAGUGCAUUAUCACAGUUCAGCCAUCCCGGCCUAUUCGGCCUAUUCGUUCCCUCGGGCAUUCCCAACCCAGGCAUGCCUCACUCCACUUUAAUGUCACCAGCCAAAAAACGUGGAAAGCAGCCCCACGGCCAAGAUAGAAUGAAUGACCAAGGGGGCAGUGGCCACAAUCAGCGGGAAGAACAAGAAAAGAAGAAACCUCAUAUAAAGAAACCUCUUAAUGCCUUUAUGUUAUUUAUGAAGGAGCAACGGGCCGAAGUGGCAGCAGAAUGUAGAUUAAAAGAAUCUGCAACAAUAAACCAAAUUUUAGGUAGAAAGUGGCAUGAACUAAAAAGGUCAGAACAAACAAAUUAUUUUGAAAUGGCAAGGAAAGAAAAAGAACUACAUUUACAACUGUAUCCCAGCUGGAGUGCCAGGGAUAACUAUGCUGCACACACUAAAAAAAGGAAGGAAAAGAAGGAAAAGAGGGAAAAGAAGGAAAAGAGAAACACUCUUGCACAGAAGCAAGAUUGUAGAAUUGCAAAAAAGUGUCGAGCGCGUUAUGGUCAGGAGCAGCAGGGACAGUGGUGUAAGCCUUGUCGAAGAAAGCAGAAAUGUAUUAAGACACAAGCUCGACGAUCGAGUUGAAUACGUAACUGACGGGGAGGAAGGUCCCAUGAGUGACGAUGUGACCACAGGAGACUCUGUACAUGACAGUAACUCCAUGGGAGUCAGUUACGUUUGGUAACAAGUGAUGAUGCAUUUUCUACACCAUGAUGAAAAAGUCUUUCUGCCAAAACUCGUCGCCGUCCUGUUUAGACCUCGGGAACCAAGGCGAGGACCUGGACUUGACUUUAAAGCCUGUUGAUAAUGGUGUGGUAAGGGAGCCCUCGACAGGCGGAAGUAUAGCCUAAACAGAGACCUAAAUUUCACACUAUGUGUACAAGCCCAGUCGAACCAGUGCCUACAUCUCACAGAGCAAGCAGUAUACUUAUCCCCUAGCAGUCAAUAGGUGGGAUCAAAUCUUCAGUCAUUUUCAUUGACCAUGUAUCAGAUAGUGUUAUUGUACAUAAGAACAUAAUUAUAGAUGCAAUUGUACAGGAUAAUACCGAGAUCUCAUACUAUUGAUGUCACUAUACUUGGCAAUCGGCAAAACCGUUGUGGAAUUACCUUCUUGUGUCAAACCAUGCUUCAGGAGACCAUUGUAUGGCUCAACAAACAGGAUGUCAAAACAUGUAU